AUGCUUAUGCGCAUCUUACUCAAGAUCCCAGAAUGGCUGACCCAGAGUGAAACGAUCCAUGGCGUAGUGAAGUUUUCAUUGAACCUCCCCGCCGACCUCGUUGGGAGCGGCAGGAUCGACCUAGGGAUGACCUCGUCGGCUGCAACACAUGUAGAGAUUACCGUAGCGGACGACAAUGAACCCCCGAGUGAAACUUCACAACAAGUGCCUUCGAGUCCCCCGGAGUCCCCAUCGCCGACUCCGGCAGACUCAACUCACGCGCCCAAACGAAGAGCGUCGUCGAGAAGACGCAAACUACGCAAAGACGACCCGGCAAGACCUCAUCUCAGCCUUUCGCUAUCGGUCGAAAACACCGCACCAGGGGCCGAGCAAAUGGCCGCUCAUCUGUCCCCCAUCACCCCGAAUAUCGAAGAAGUUUCGUUCGAAGACUCAAGCCAAGGCUUACCGCCUCUACUGCCGGAGUUCCGAACGGCUUUGACUCUGGUCCAAAUCCUUGGAGGGGGAGGUCUGGGCAUUCCGUCGAACGGUAGACUCACAUAUUCACUUUUGUCGCUCCGCGCGAUCGUCACUCAAUUUUGGCUCUUCAUCAUCCGGCUGCUGUACGUGUUGCACACAAUUCUGUAUCUGGCUUCGAUUUACUUCAAAUGUAUCAGCCCGCUGUCGAAUGUCACGAUUUUUUGGACGAGCACGACACUGAACCUGGGCGCGGCGCUUAGCAACCACUUCGUCCUCAACCGGCACACCGAGAAGUUAUAUCUCCUCCUCGGAACACUCAGUGCUCGUCAACCCAAGAACAUCAAAAUUUGCAUUGUCGUCGUGUUGGCAUCGAUAACGGCCGUCGCCGCUAUGGUGACGUUACGAUUCUACGAGGUCGCAAACACACACCGCAACGUUCAUCUCGUCGGAUCGAAGAAUUGGACGAUUUAUACAUUCUUGAUGCUCUAUUUCUCUCGGCAUUUCGAGUCGUUUGUGGUGGUGGGGUCGACCGUGUUCACGAUGGUACUUUACGCGCUCGUUGCCGCCGCGAUUAAAUUCGAGUUACGCGCCGUUAUCGAGGAACCGGUGCCGCACCAAUCGGCCUUGGUCCGCCACUCAACGAUAUCGAAACUCAUCCAUUACUCCGACAGUUUAUUCGGCCCUCUAUGCUGCCUGUGGGUCGCAGCCGUUAUAGGCAAUGUCUCCGAAGGUCUGGUAAUGGCAAGAUACCAUCAGACCGACUACGCAAUGCCGCAUAUCACCACGUGGGCUCAUGCGAUAAUGCUCUGUGCCGGCUACUUCGCAGUGUGCGAGUGCUCGUACGGCGUUACCGUCGAAUCGGAACGAGUUCGUCGCUGGAUUUACAAGCAUUAUCAGAACGAGAGCCAUGUCGUUCGUUACCUGAACCAUCAGCGGCGAUUUCCGAAAACGCUCAAGUUGUGGGAAUCCAUAGACCUCUCGAGGCAAGCGAUGGUCAUCUCCGUGGCUUUCCCAGUCACACUGUACGCGAUUAUUUUGCUCAUUCUCGAUCCAGUCAAGCACGGGAUCCCACCUGAGGCGACAAUAUCACAUACCCCACCCUUGAUCGAAGAAUGAGCUGCGAACUCAUACGGGCGAUAUUUUAAAAAUGUAUCGUAUACAAACUGAGGCAAGCAGAUUCAAGUUGUGAUAUAUGGGCUCAGCAAACUGCGACGCC